AAGCUUGUGUGUGUUCCUGCUGCUCAGUAAGGUGUGCUGACUGCCUCCAGAGGGGAAGAGAAGGUGCACGAAGGGAAAAGGUCUCGCUGCCGAAGAGCCUGCGGGCUGGAUCCUCAGCUGAGCCCUCUCGCAGCCCAAGCAAGAUCUCCGCCGGCUGUGAGUGCUGCAGGCGACCGAGCGGCACCUUCCCCCAAAAUGAUGGAAAACACAGUGUUUAUGUCGUUUACAUUCUACAGCACCAUCCUGAUUUUAAAAAUGUAUGUCGUUGCCAUCAUUACGGGACAAGUGAGACUCAGAAAGAAGGCAUUUGCGAACCCGGAGGACGCGCUGCGCAAUGGGGGGCUGCAGUACCACCGCGAGGACCCCGACGUGGAGCGGUGCCGCAGAGCCCACCGCAAUGACAUGGAGAACAUCUUUCCCUUCCUCUUCCUCGGAGCCAUCUACUCCCUGCUGAAUCCCAGUCCCGCAGUGGCCAGGAUCCACUUCUUCAUCUUCUGCGUGGGGCGCAUCAUCCACACCAUCGCCUACCUCCUGCGGCUGAAGGCGCCCACGCGCUCCGUGGCCUACAGUGUGGCGCAGCUGCCCUGCUUCUCCAUGGCUCUGCAGAUCCUCCUGGCCACCACCCCGUACUGGUAGCACCCAACGAGACCGACCAUCCAAACCCCUUCGUCCUGUGCUCUGCUGGUUUCCCCAGCUGGACUGGGUGGUGUGUGUGCGAGUGUGGGUGUGCACGCGCGUGUGGGUGUGUGUAUGCACAUGGUAUGUUGCCAGGGAGGCCACUUGUGCCCCAAGGAUGCUCAGUGCAGCCUUGAUAAAGACCCCGCGCUAUUGAAAUUGGGCAGGGAAGUCGCCAGAGAGAAGGGGCACAUCUCCCCAUGGAGUGGGAAGGGGAUGCGGAGGCAGGUUUUCCUCGUCCCCGCUAAGGGUGGGAGGGGGAAAGCACCCGGACUGCUGCUCGAGGAUGGGGUUCAUUGAAGGAAAGAAGCUUUUCUGGCCCAACUGCAUUCGGAACUGGGAAGGGGGAGAUUUGCCCUUUCCCCUUGGUCACAAAUACCCCAUAAAUCAGGAAGGGAAAAUCAUGAGGGUCCCAUGAAGUCUCGUGGUCAGCAGCCGUGGGUGGGGGCAGAGGGGGGUUAUAAAACAGCCGCCCUCCUCCUGCCCAGCCGCGUGGGUCUCUGGAGGAGGGGCGUCCCUUAGGUUCCCUCUCCCGCGAGGAGGACAGAGGCAGGUGCCUGCCAGGCAGCGUGACAUGGAAGUCGAAAUCUCUGAGGUGACGUUAUGAAGGCACCGAAGCGUUCAGUGCUCCCAGCACUGCCACGUCUCAUGCCACGGGACGCAGCUCCCUGCUGGGGAGCCUGGCUGCCGGCAGGAGCCAGCCUGUGCCAGCCAGGACACCCCGUGUCCAGUGUUCAGGAGCUCCAGGCCAGCAGCGGCUGUGGCUUUUCCAUCUCAGUGAGAUGCAGGAGGGACGCGCCUGCAGCAGCCAGCAGGAAUCGCUUACCCCGUAGAGAGCCGGACCUUCACACAAAGUUCUGGGAUUUGUGGAAAGACUGAGACGCUCACACAAAACAGGAGGUUUGCAGUUUGCAGACAGAGCUUUCUCCCAAGGGUGGUAUCUGCGUUCACAUGCCGCUGAUGCCUGAAAACGCUCCCAGGGCAGCGGACUGAAUUUUUCCCCCUCUGUUUGUAGCCUUUCUCUGGCCGCAGAACAGCCCGUUGCUAUUUGGGGAAUGUGCCGUGAUCGCUUGGGGGGUGUUUUCUUUCAGCUGUUUCCUGCUGUCCGCUGCUGCCAAGCCGUGCGCAGUCUGGAUUAGCUGGUGUUUGCAGAAAGCUCUGGAAAUGAGAAGGGCGGCUUUGAACUGCCUGGCGGGAGGAGAAUACCUCUGCUCUGCCGUGUCGCCUGAAAGCCCUUGUGGUGGAGAGGAGAGGCUGGGACCGGGGUAUCGCAGGAUGACAAACCCUCCUGAGCUCCUCUGCCCUGCAGCUCUCCUGGAGCGCCCAGGGCUGGUCCAGGCCACAGUGGCACGUGGAGGAGCCCCACUUUGGAAAGCACGGCAGGGGGAAGCCUCUGCUGUUAAGUGCCUCCUGCCUCCUCUGAGAGCAGCGCAGUUUUGCUAAGAUCACAGGGGGAAACGAGCAGAAAAUAAAUUCCCUUUCCACCUGUCCUAAGCACUAAAGCUGUUCCCUUAACCCCACUGUCCUUGGGGAUGCUCUUACUGAGACCCUGCUGAGUGCCUGCGUGCACAAGGCACGAGGUGAAACACCGGCUCAGACUGAUGCUCCGAGCCCUUGCCCAGCUCGGGUAGCAGUUUCUGAACAAGUAACGCCUGACCCCAGCGUAGACGUGGCCUUAGGGUAAGCUCUUUGGUGAGGUUGGGAGCAGAGGGCGCAGCUCUCCCGCAGGGGGACACGGGACCCACCGCCUGCGGAAGGUGAGCAGGAACUGCAGGUUCAGCAGUUUGCUCUCGGCCACUUCUCAUUUACACAGCCUCCACGGCUGGCCACUAACGCACACCCCUCUUAACGAGCCUUUUCUGCCUCACAUGCUGCACAAGGUCCCCAACCCCUGUAUGUUUCGCUGCUGCUGCACAUGCAUCCUGGUGGCAGGAAGCAAAUAUUCCCAAUAAAAACAAAUCAUUGUGCUCUGAUACAUCCUUCCUUCGGGAGCAGCAGAUGCAGCUGGGUAGCAGCUGGGUCCAGCCCCAGCAGGAUGGCUCCCCAGCUGCAAAGCGCUUUGCUAAACCUCACUGUGCAGCCCGGCGAGCCCUGGGACUUCAAAAGACACAUCCCUUUCCUCGGGGCCCACCUGCCCUGCAGAGGAAGCUCUUUUCCAGGUGUGCAUUAUUUGUGCUGAUCCUUUAAAUUCAGCAGAGCUUGAAAAAGCUUGCAAAAAGGCUUGCAAAGUACCUAUGCUCGGUUUUCCUUCCCAGAACAGCAGGAGCACAAAGCUUGGUGUUCCCCAACCCUCCUCCAUCCCAGCUCCCCCAGAGCAGGCUAGCAGAAUGAGGUGCUUUGUCCCUGCAAGCUUUCUUCACUCCCUGCGGAUCCAAGCCGGUGCUUAAAUCCUGGAGGGCUGGAGAAGCUCAGGUAAGACGUGGUUGCUCUUGUUUCUGUGCUUACGAGGUGCAAAGGAGCUGCCUGUAUUUUUCAAGCUCAGCAGCCGCCUCCUUUAGCUGGCACCUUGCUGGGAAGCAAAAGCCUCAUUUCCCUGGUUUCCCCCUAUUUUCUUACACUGUUGGUGUUUAGGAAGCGCCGUCCCACUGGUGUCUGCGUCAGCUGGUUGGGAUGGACAAAAUGGCUCCACUUGGUAGUUUUUUCUUUCCCUCAUGCUUUUUGCUUUCAAAGAAGAAAGGCAGCGGCUUUAUAAAAUGGACUCUCUCCAGUACACGUUGCCAUGGUUAGAGAUGUAGUUGGGAUUGAGGUUUUUACAUGGAAAGGAAGAACUGGGGGCGCAGAACCCCCCCUAGCCCCCAGAGCUGCCAGUUCCCUUCCACUAAACUGCCUGUUUGGUGCCUGGGGCUGAUGCCCUGCUCAGGGAAGCCGAGGUUACAUGCAGAGCUCUGCUUUCUUCUUUUUUUAUUUCAAAAAGAACAACAAACCCCGCUGUACUGGCUGCAGGGAAAAGCUUGGGAACGUGAACUCUCCUGGCUCCAAAAAAACAAACAGAAAAAGCCCACAAGGCGAACUUCAGAGGGGCCCAAGCAUUAUUUUGGAAUGCUGCGAAGGUUUGUGGGAGGCAGGAGAGAGCCCGGCUCCCGGCUGCCUGGCCAGCCCCAUCCCGGCAGGGCUCUCCCAGGACCGAGGCACUUGGAGCCACCGGCUCUCCCCAUGGCAUAGGGCGAUGUUCACUGCGUGCGGGGCAAGUGAUGAGCUGAAGUAUCCCCAGCCUUUUCCCAAACAAUAUCCUAAAGCCUGGAGCUCUCAGAUUCCCGCUCCAGCCUCAGUGCCGGGGGAAGACGAGCCCAGGGUCUCUCCCAGCUCCAGGAGAGCGGGGAUGGCGGUUGCAUCUAUCAGUCCGUGGGUUUUGGUGCGUGUGUUUUAUGUGCCAACAAUGUGGUUUUCAUACCCGGCUCAAACCUGAAACGGUAACACUGUGAAAUCCACCUGGGACUGCAGAACUGUGAAGUUUGGUGCUUAAAUAUUUGAAUAUGACUCA